AGCCAGCUGUGGUACAACUUUCCCCUCCGUGGUUAAAUACAGCCUGCUCCGCGGACUCCGGCCGCUCACUCAAAGUCGCGCGCUCGGCGUCGUUGCAUUUUCACCUCUCCUCAGCCAAAUAAGCGGCUGCUUUUGCCAAACAUCUCUUGGACAAAGUUGAAGAAGAGACGUACGGCGAUGAAGCCUCUCCCGGUGACCCUGGCUCUCCUGGCCCUCUUCCUCGCCGCCUCGUACCAGGAUCUCGCCGUGGCUGCUGCAGAUGCAGAUGCAGAUGGAGUCGGCAGCGGCGCUCCGGUCCUGGACAGCGUGUGCGAGGGCAAGUGCAAGAACCGGUGCUCGCAGAAGGUGGCCGGGCGGUGCAUGGGGCUGUGCAUGAUGUGCUGCGGCAAGUGCGCCGGCUGCGUGCCGUCGGGGCCGUUGGCCCCCAAGGACGAGUGCCCCUGCUACCGGGACAUGAAAUCACCCAAGAGCGGCCGCCCCAAAUGCCCCUAGGACUACCACCAUUCAUCUUUUUUUUUAAGGUGAAUGGGAACGUAGGAGAUGGAUCUUGACGAGCCGAGUGCGUGGGAUUUAGGGGCUCCCCUUGUUUGUAAGUUUGAUUUGUUCAGAAUAAACAACGUAGAUCUGGUUUGAGGAGGAGUGCUUCCAUGUAACGUCUUCUCGCAUUUGGGUUUCUAGACUUUGUACCUUUGUUGUGCUGUCUGUUCUUUGAUGCAGAAUCUGCUCCAGAUUUAGGUUUCCGACUGUAGUUGGCCUCAUUCGACGCCGGUGGUCGUGCCAGCGACUAUUCGAGGGCUUAGCGGCAUGCUUUGUUCAGCCACAGAUUUGCUGAUUUCUGCAAAA